CCCCAACUCCCUUCUCCGGCAUUGCGAACCAAAACUCUUCUGAUCGUAGGAUUCGAUUUCUUCCUCUGCGGAGAUGGAUGAGGACUUCAAUAUUCCGGCCGGCGAGGACAUGAUGGACGUGGAUCCCGUGGAUCAGAUGCCUGAGGAGGAGAUCGGAGGAACAGUGAUGAAGGUGGGCGAGGAGAAGGAGAUCGGGAAGCAGGGACUCAAGAAGAAGCUCGUCAAGGAGGGGGAAGGGUGGGAUCAUCCCGAGACUGGCGACGAGGUCGUAGUGCAUUAUACUGGAACGUUGCUUGACGGGACUAAGUUCGAUUCUAGCCGUGAUCGCGGAGAUCCUUUCAAGUUCAACCUUGGCAAAGGGGAAGUGAUCAAGGGAUGGGAUCAAGGUAUCAAGACAAUGAAGAAGGGUGAGAAUGCUAUCUUCACCAUCCCGUCGGAAUUGGCUUAUGGCACAGCGGGAUCCCUUCCCACCAUUCCUCCCAAUGCCACUCUUCAGUUCGAUGUUGAAUUGCUUUCCUGGACCAGUGUUAAAGAUAUCUGCAAAGAUGGCGGACUUUUCAAGAAAAUAUUGGUUGAAGGGGAGAAAUGGGAGAAUCCCAAAGACCUAGAUGAAGUUAUAGUGAAAUACGAGGCAAGGCUUGAAGAUGGAUCUGUAGUUUCAAAAUCAGAUGGUGUAGAGUUCACUGUGAAAGAUGGAUUCUUCUGUCCUGCGUUCUCAAAAGCCGUGAAGACGAUGAAGAAAGGCGAAAAGGUUCUACUAACAGUUAAACCACAAUAUGCAUUCGGUGAAACGGGAAAGCAAGCAUCUGGUGAUGAAGCAGCUGUUCCACCAAAUUCAACUCUUCACAUUGACCUGGAAUUGGUGUCUUGGAAAACUGUGACAGAAAUUGGUGAUGAUAAGACGAUCAUUAAGAAGAUUCUUAAAGAAGGGGAAAGCUAUGAGCGUCCCAACGAUGGUGCCGUCGUCAAAGUAAAGCUGAUUGGAAAGCUCGAUGAUGGAACUAUUUUUGUGAAGAAGGGACAUGAAGGUGAACCAUUCGAGUUCAAGACUGAUGAAGAACAAGUGAUUGAAGGAUUAGACGCGGCUGUGAUGUCGAUGAAGAAAGGAGAGGUUGCAUUUGUCACAAUUCCCCCCCAGCAUGCAUUCGAUUCUGUGGAAUCAAAGCAGGAACUUGCCGUAGUCCCUCCCAAUUCAACUGUCUACUACGAAAUUGAGUUAGUUUCCUUUGUGAAGGAAAAAGAAUCUUGGGAUCUCAACACCGCGGAGAAAAUUGAAGCUGGUGCUAAGAUGAAAGAGGAGGGCAAUGCAUUGUUCAAGUUAGGCAAAUAUGCCAGGGCUUCCAAAAGAUAUGAAAAGGCUGCCAAGUUCGUCGAGUACGAUAGCUCAUUCAGUGAUGAAGAGAAAAAGCAGUCCAAGGCAUUGAAACUAACUUGCAACCUGAACAACGCUGCCUGCAAGCUGAAGCUGAGGGACUACAAACAGGCAGUGAAGCUUUGCACAAAGGUGUUGGAGCUUGAUAGCAGAAAUGUAAAGGCCUUGUACAGGAGGGCGCAAGCACACAUUAAUCUUUGUGAUCUGGAUUUGGCAGAACAGGAUAUUAAAAAAGCCCUUGAAAUUGAUCCUGACAACAGGGAUGUGAAGGUCGAGUACAAGCGUUUAAAGGAGAAGGUGAGAGAGUAUAACAAGAAAGACGCAAAGUUCUAUAGCAACAUUUUUGCCAAGCUGAAUAAUAAAACGAGUUCUAUGGAACCUAAGCAAGAGGCACAACCAAUGAGCAUUGAGAGUGCUGCAUGAGUGGUUCCAAUAAAUGUAGUGGGGGUGUGAGGCACGACCUACAGAUAAAGUCUUUCAUUUAUGUUGUAGUCUUUCAUUGCAUCCAUGGAGUGAGUUGUAUAAAGUGAUGUAUUUUCUGCUUACUCUAUUAUGGUUUUCCUAAUUCUUCUAA